AUGGCGUUAGCAGCAUCGAGAAACUGCUGCAGGCAGCUCCUACGAGAGUCGUCUCGGCUCAAUGCAGCUCUAAUUUCUACAACACCGCCGCCAUUCCUGCUUCCUGCGUUUUCAAGGCCAUUUUCUAUCUCCACACCAAGAGAAUCGCGAAUCGGUGCUGCUCCUAUUGCGGUACCUCCAGAAGUGUCAUUGGAAUUCCGCGACUUACCUCUUGACCAGACUGUAUCGAAGGCGAAGGCUGAAUAUGCUCCUGUCACUGCUGUGGAUGUAACUGGCCCUUUGGGAUCGAUGACAUUGAAAAUCCCACCAUUUUCAACAUUAAACUACGACCCAGAAUCGAGAAAGGCUUCAUUUGAAGUACAGGAUGCGACUAUCAAGCACCAGGCUGCCAUGUGGGGAACGAUACGACAACAUCUACGAAAUUACAUCCUUGGUGUUUCUGAAGGGCACAUAUGCAUUCUGAAACUAGUUGGAGUUGGCUUCCGUGCCUCCGUCGAAUCGUCUGCGAUUACUCUCACCCCUGAGUACCCUGGACAACAAUUCGUCUCACUAAAGGUUGGAUUCGCACACCCCGUCGAGCUCGGUAUUCCCAAGGGAGUCAAGGCUAGGACAACACAGCCAACUACAUUACUCCUCGAAAGUAUCGACAAGGAGGUUGUGACACAGUUUGCUGCUGAUAUCAGGAAAUGGCGGCCUCCAGAGCCUUACAAGGGCAAAGGUAUCUUCGUCAAUGGAGAGACUAUCAAGCUCAAGGCGAAGAAGAUCAAGUGA